AUGAGCAGUAGUAGCUUGUGGCUUGUCGCCUUUUUGGUUGGUGGCGUUGCUAGUCAAUGUUUCGGCGGCGGCUGUGGUUUGGGUGGACUUCUUCUCCCUCCCCCACCCCCACCAUGUUUCAACAAUGGCGGUUGUGGCGGUCAAAUUUUCAUCGAUCAACCAUGCGGGGGAAUUCCUUGCGGCCCUCCACCAUGCAUUGGAUCGUCUUGCGGACCACCACCUCCAAUUAUCAUCGCCACAUCCAACAACAAUAAUAACUGUUGCCCACCCCCACCACCUUGCUUCACCCAAUCUUGCCCACCACCUCCACCUUGCUUCGGACCACCGUGCAUCGUUCAAUCGCCAUGUAUUGGAGCUUCGUGUGCCCCACCACCGCCACCAAUUGUGAUUGCCACAUCGAACAAUAAUAAUUGCUGCCCACCACCUCCACCGUGCUUCACACAAUCUUGCCCUCCACCACCACCUUGCUUCGGACCACCAUGUGGACAACAACCAGUAAGAACUCUUGAGAUGUUUUCAGAAAUAUAUUUUUGAUAUUUUCAGAUCUUCCUUCCACCCCCACCACCACCAUCAUUCUUGUUUGGCUCAAGCCCAUGUUGCUCAAAUAACAGUGAGCUCUAGAAAAUGUGGAAAUCAUUAAAUACUUGAUUUCAGAUUUCUCAUGCUGUGGAUCAUUUUUCCGCCGUCGACUUUUCGCUAAACGAAACGCUUCAACCGAAUCAACAACCGAAGAACCAUCGACAACACCAAAGAGCGAAUAA